AUGGGCGCUGGUGAAGUGGAAAAUAUGCAGCUGGGGCCUACUACGAACCGUGGUGGGAGCCCAGGGAAUUCAGGAAACAGCGACACCGAAUCCGGGUCCCAGAGCAUUAUGCGAAGGACCAGACCUGGGACGAAGCUUCCCCUACCGAGGGAUGUCUCGACGAAGGGCCGGGAACAGUUGAAGGACAAACAGCCCACGCCACCUAAGCACCGCGAGUACGGUUCGCUCGGAAACGUUCGACCAAGGAAGUCCUCGACGACUCUCUACAGCAGCCCGGACGAAACGAUAGACAAAGACCGCGAGCAAUAUUGGCAGAAGGUCAGGGAUAAGUUUGAAAGACCAUCACCGUCAGGGAAGAUCAGGGACAACUACAAAGAGCCGUAUAUUGGGGCCUACCGGAAGAUCAUGUCGCUAGCCAACUCCCCAAAGAGCGAAGCAUUAAAACAAAAGCUCAAGUAUGCCGGAGGUGCUACACGCGACCUUUCCAAAACGCGGAUCGCGAGCCCCAUCAUUCAUCCUCGCCUCCGUCCGGGUUACAGCUCUCCUGACAGGUCCGACAAUGACUCGACAGCCCAGCUAAAUAAGUAUAUCGAUGAAAUUCAGCGGACAAACUCGGGCACGGACGAGAGCUUAUUACACCUGUCUCCCGAUAAGACGGACAACGCUACUGACUCGUCUCUCAACUCGCGUACAUCCUCGUCGCCUGUGUCUGGCCCGAGUAGCUCAUUGACCGAAUGGGAGGAUCGGUUUGUUGUCAAUAUGCCUUCCGCCAAGGAACCAAACCCACCAACGAUGAGCGCACAACAGAUCACCGAGUUUCAGCACAGUAUUGAGAAAGUCCACACGGAGGGAGGAGCCAUGCUAGACCCUGACUCCCUGCCUAGUCCGCGAACUACGACUCCGGACGACAAGAACACUUCUCCCGAGCACCCCGACAAACCGACUACGUUCGACGGUCAAGAUCCACCACCCCCUACGAAAACACGCGGCGAUGAAGAUUCGCCAUCCACACAACGGAGUCAUCCUAGAUACUACUGUCCUGAUGAAAUUGGCCGGAGCCGCAUUAGCACGAUCUGGGAAGAGUCUCCUGCGACGAAGCCGAGAAAAGACACCCCAAGCAUCAAUCCCGACGGCUCUUUUUUAGGGUGCAAAGAGAUCAACGGGUCCAAGGACAAGAAUCCCGACGAAAUCCUGCUGUUCGCGCCUACGGAACGACCCCGUGUGGUCGAUGUCUCGAGUCCCAUGUUGACGUCCCCAAAAGACAGGACCAAGUUUACGGUCCAGCAGAGGAGGGCAGACAAGGAAGAGAAGACGACUGCUCAAGAGGGCUGGAAGCCCGCUUCUCCGAAUUUGAAGCUUGCCCAAUGCUCGAAGCCAUUACCGAGCACCAUGUGUCGCGACACCAGCUGUCACCAAGUAGACAAAUUGGCUCAGGCGUCGAGUCAAGAGAAGCCCGACACACACCGUCCCAACAAACCCUUCGGGGAGAAGAAAGUGACGUGUCGGGACGACGAUGUGUUCAUUAUCACACCCAUUAUCACACGCACUAUGGUGAGUAUGAACGACAUCCGCGGCCACGCGCAGAAGACCUCCUCCGUUCCGACGCCCACCUCUCGAACCGCAGGCGAGAUCAUCACCGACGCUCGAGCCAGGCCGCAAAUAAAACCUUCGCCUUUGGGAUUGCGACGAGCGACGCAGAAUUCGCAGGAGAAAUCAAACGCAUCAUCCGCAGCGCCCUCAAGAAGUGUUCCUGUUCGAACCAUCGCCGUGGUCAAAAACCGCGCAGAGGCCGGGCGCCGCAAGGUCGAACCGUCUCGCGAUAUGCGUGGAUACAUCCGUAUGCCAAGCAUGGGACAGCCGAGCUCAGAGGAUUACGCAGAGCACGCCGGUAACAAGUCGCACCAGGCCCGCGCUUCAAGCACCGGAUCCCGCAUCGAAAGCCACCGCCAUGUCAGAACGAUUUCCGAUUCGACACAUUUGGCCAGUUCAUCAGUUCCCAAUAUCUCCCCGAUUGGAUCGAUUGACAGGGGUCAGCAGGGGUGUACGAGCGUGGCACAAAAUGUGGCCAAGGUAGUGGAAGUGGCCGAAUUGGAUGGACUGCAAGUGCAGGAACCCAAGGAGCAGGCACCUCAGCCGCGGAUCACUGAUCUCAGCUCUGACUUGCCUGAAAUGGUGAUAGCCAAUCCGACCAAGAGUGCAACGAAUGCUCUGACUCUAGCCCUCAUCAUGGAAAUCCUUAUCAUAUCGGCUGCUCAGAUGGAGGCACUGUGGCAGCGAGUAAUGUCCAAUCGACAUUCUAAAACAGCCUUGCUGAAGCUUGCCUUGAACGGUGUCCUGGAGAUGCUCGAGCAUUGUCUGCAGGUUCUCAGGACCUGGCUCACUGCCUUCUCCACCUACAACGUUACCGGAGUCUGGCCGAGACCCGCCGAUCAAGAUCUCGCCCAGUCCGUGGCCGACGUCUGCCGGGCCGCUGCUUAUCUAGUUAUUUUGUGCUUUAUGAUGACUGUUGUCGAGCGUGCAGCCGAGUAUAUAGUCCUUGUGGGAAGCUAG